CAGGAUAACACAGACACACACACACACUCUCCACUGACACACACACGCGCGCGCUGCGCCAGGAGUUGGAGAGAGACCAGUGUACUUAAAAACAAUUAAGGGGAGGGGAAAUAUCUGGGGGGAAGUUUUGAGUUCAUCCAUCCACUUUGUUUUCAGUCGGGACGGCGCUGCGCACGUGUCGCACUUCACUUUUGGUGCGUUGCUUUUCUUUUGUUGCUUCUUAUUGAGGAGAGAGAGGCUUCGGUUCACUGUGCGGGCACGUGUUGUGUGUGACAGGAGACGCAGAGCGCGCAGGGUUGCAGAGAGAAGGGCAGAUUGACAACGGGGCAAGACCAUUCCACACACCAUGAAGAAAGAGGACUCAGGCGGUCAGAGUGUGAAUGAAGUGAGGACCCUGUUCUGCGUUUCUGGCAGUAAUCAUGACGGCAGAGGGAUGAGGAUUAAGGUGCGAUCCGGUCCUGGGGUCCUAUUAGUGGGAUUGAUGUUUUUGGCCACCCUUCCUUUUGGAGCAGGCAUCAAACAGAGCGUCCCCAGGGUCAAACUCAGCCACAGAGAGCUGCUGCUCACUGGCAGUGAAUCUCUGUUUCUGGGCCCAUCUGACGGCCUCCACUCCCACUCGCUGCUGCUGGAUGAGGAGAGGGGUCGUCUGCUGCUGGGAGCCAGAGAUCACAUCUAUCUGCUUGACCCUGACAAUCUGGCCAGAGCCCCCAGAAAGAUUCACUGGCCUGCUUCCCGGGACAGCGUGGAAAUGUGCAAACUGGCGGGGAAAAAUGCAAAUCUGGAGUGUGCGAAUUUUGUCAGGGUGCUACACAACUACAACCGAACCCACGUCUACGCCUGCGGGACCGGAGCCUUUCACCCAAACUGUGCUUUCAUUGAAGUCACCGGGCGCAGAGAGGAUGGUGUGUUCCAGCUGCUGCCUCGCACAGUGGAGUCUGGCAGGUUGAAGUGUCCUUUUGAUCCACUGCAGCCAUUCACCUCCGUCCUCACAGAUCAGUACCUGUACGCGGGCACAUCUUCAGACUUCCUGGGCAAAGACACGACAUUCACCCGCUCCCUUGGGCCUCCACCAGACCAGCACUACAUACGCACCGACAUCGCAGAGGACUACUGGAUCAAUGAGGCCAGGUUUGUAGCUGCUCAUCCCAUCGCAGACACCUACAACCCAGACGAUGACAAGAUAUACUUUUUCUUCCGCGAGGUGUCGUGGGAGGGCAACGACAAGAGCAUCCUGACCCGAGUGGCUCGUGUGUGCAAGAAUGACGUGGGUGGGCUGAGGAGUCUUACCAAUAAAUGGACCACCUUCCUCAAAGCCAGGCUCGUGUGUUCAAUCCCCGGACCUGACGGAGUGGACACCCACUUCGAUGAGCUCCAGGACAUCUUUCUGCUCCCGACCAGAGAUGACAAAAACCCCAUAGUGUAUGCAGUCUUCACCACCUCCAGCUCCAUUUUCCGUGGCUCGGCAGUUUGUGUGUACAGCAUGGCGGACAUAAGGGCCGUGUUCAAUGGACCUUACGCCCACAAGGAGGGGCCCGACCACCGAUGGAUAGAAUAUGAGGGGAGGAUUCCGUAUCCACGUCCUGGGACGUGUCCGAGCAAAACAUAUGAUCCGAGGAUCAAGACCACUAAAGACUUCCCAGAUGAGGUCGUCAGUUUCAUCCGAUUCCACCCUCUGAUGUACAAGGCCGUCCACCCUCUGACCGGACGGCCCGUGUUCACACGUGUCCGAGUGGACUACACCCUGACCAAGGUUGUGGUGGACAGAGUUUCAGCAGAGGAUGGACCUUAUGAGGUCAUGUUCCUGGGAACAGAUGCCGGCUCAGUUCUGAAGGUGGUGAGCAUCACUCAAGACAACUGGUCAACAGAGGAAGUCGUGCUCGAAGAACUUCAAGUUUUCCAGGUUCCCACUCCCAUCCUGAGUAUGAAGAUCUCUUCUAAACAGCAACAGCUCUACGUGGGCUCCAGCGAGGGGCUCGCCCAGGUUUCUCUCAGUAGAUGUCACCUGUAUGGUCAAGCCUGCGCUGAGUGCUGCCUGGCUCGAGAUCCCUACUGCGCCUGGGACGGACGCACAUGCUCUCGAUACAUCCCUGCAUCUAAGAGGCGAGCCAGGAGACAGGACAUCAAACAUGGCGACCCUGCCAGUCAGUGCUGGGACACAGAAGACAGUCUUGGUGGAGGACAAGUGCAGGAGAAGCUUCUCUUCGGGGUGCAAAGCAACUCCACAUUCCUGGAGUGUAUCCCCAAAUCCCAGCAGGCCCAGAUCCGGUGGUACGUCCACAGACCUGGAUCCGAACGCAGGGAGGAGGUCAGGUUGAAUGAUCGUGUCGUUCACACCGAUCGGGGCCUUCUGAUUCGCUCCCUCCACGCCUCCGAUGCUGGCGUGUACCUGUGCGUCGCUCAGGAGCACACGCACUUCACCCACACACUUCUCCGUCUCACGCUGCAGCUCGUCACACACGGCCACCUGGACGGGAAGACCAAGCCCAGCGAGGACCCCGUGGCGGAGCCCCGUCAGCGGUACAAAGACUACCUGCGAGUGAUGAGCUCUCCCUUCGGCUCUCUGGAGGAGUACUGCGACUCGCUGUGGCUGGAGAAGAGGCCGUCGAGGGCGCGGGGACGAGGCCCGGGAGGCGCCAAGUGGAAGCACAUCCAGGAAAUGAAGAAGAGCAGGAACAGGCGACACAACAGGGAGAGGGAGGAAGGGGGAGGAGGAGGUGGGAGGGUGAGGACAGCAGAAUAAGGAGGGAUGAGGUAAAACAUAUACAAAUCUGGAUUAGUUGUGUAAGGCUCCCCGGACGUGACAGAACUGCAAAGUUGCAUUGACAAAUCUGUGGGCAAGCAAAAAUGAAACCCAGAGUUACUCAGUGGCACGGAAGACUAAUGCUGAAAUAGUUCCGAGUGAAUAUAUUAAUUUUAACUAGCAAUUUAACGUAGUGUUAUUGUGAGAGUAUGUCAAUUCUUCAGGUGUUCACUAUGUAGGAACAUUUCAGUUGUUUCAGUGGAAAAUCUCUAGUAGUGUAAAAGAAAUAAGAGUUUGUUAAUGGCGAUGACAAUGCAUUCAUGUUGAAUGACUGUAAAUAUUUGUAUAGCAUGUACAGGAGAUACGGCGUGCUCAUUUCAGUGUAAUCUGUAUAACGUUAAUAAUAAUCCUGCUUUGUGUUUUGACUGAAACAAAUAACAUAUUUUUGUACAAACUUCUAACAUAAGUGCUGUAGGUUCAGUAGAUGUUCUCUUUUUUUAAAGGUAUUUAAAUAAACUUGUUGUUUGGGG